CAUCUCAAUGCUGUGAUUAAGAUGCUGCUGCACUGCUGUGAUACUGCAUUACCCUCAAAAGGCUAACUCUGUGUGAUGGUGCUUAGGAGACAGCUAACCAAAAGCCAGAGGCACUAACGGAACCAGAGAGUGGGACUCCAGAACAAAUUGACGACGCUAACUAUCCACCUGCAGAAGAGGAGACUAACCCAGAAGAGAAUCCAGUUAUGAACUUCUUCAAAAAUUUAAAUUUAACGGUGACUGUCCCUUCCAUUCCUCGGCAGAUGACCCCCACUAAGACAUCCAAAAAGGAAAUUCCCGAAGUCCCAAAGGAUCAGCGGCAGAGGGAGAAACAGCCAGCGCCAGCCACCACUGUUGCACAAGUGUCUGAUCCUUCCGCAGCCUCCAAGGGAAUGUUGAUCCCACCACCUCCUCCUCCAGAGCUUCCAAAACUGGAAGUCAAAGUGGAGCUAAGUGGCAAAUCCGCUAAACCCACUACCUCCAAAGAAAAACCAAAAUCUGUGGCAAAGAGCGCAGAAACCCCCAAAGCAAAGUCAACCAAAGAUGUUUUGAGCACAUUCUUUCGUUCAAAGAAGGUGGAUCAUUCGAAAGCUGGGACUCUGGAGGCCACUGCCAAGGUCGAAGCCCCACAGCCGAUUCAAGAAGAGAAGAAACACCCAUCAAAGUCAUCAUUCUUCUCCUUCUUCAAGCCUAAAGCCGGUGAUACCAAGAAGACGAGCCCUGCUCCUGUUAAAGCAGCAGACACACCUCCUCCGGCGAAGACCAAAGAGGAGCCCAAAGCGGUAGCGAAGUCAUGCGAGGUGGUCGUAGACGACAAAGCGGCCUCAGUUGCACUCAAAGGUAGCGACAGUGCCGCCAAUGCGGCCCGGAAGUCAGAGAAGAGGAACUCCAUCCAGCUCUUCUUGAAACAUCUGGGCCAGAAACGUCACUCGACAGAUGCCGGGGUCCAGACCGAGCCAGUCACUGUGGCUCCAGCGGCCAAAUGAAAACAGAAUCCACACUCCAGUUCUUCUGUAUAGACUCCCCAUCUAUCUUUAUUUUCUCUGUGGCUCAAGCCAACAUUUCGCGGAACCAUCAUAUUAAUAAUUACUUGUUUUUGUCCGUUUCAACGUCAGUACAAUUAGGGGGGAAAAAAUCUAAUUGAAAAUGAGCAGAGAGCACAAGUAGUUGAAGGUUGUGGAGUUUUGAGAUGGUCUGCUUAGUGACAAUGUGGAGGAAGUCACCUUUUGCUCAAAUUAAGUACUUGACAUCUAAUGAAAUUAGCUUUAUUUGGACUACUAACAAAUACCUUCUGCAGGAUCCAUGAGCACACUUUUGUUGCUGCGUGGCAAACAGAAACCUUUCUCUUUUCUUAUUGUGUCAACCUAAACUUGUAUGCGCUUGACAAAAUAGCCCGCACUUAAAGAUGAUGUUAUGUUUAUGUGAGCUGUUCACAGAUAUUUGAUAUCUGUUGAAGCCUUGAGAUAAACCACAAUCGUUACUACGUCAAGAUAUAAUUGCAAACUAAAAAAAUAAUACAUUCAAGUGAGAAUGAACAUAAAAUUCUCAUCAAUGUUGUGCAAGUAUGUGGCAUAAAUUGCAACUGACACCAUAUCAAUAUGAUGUUGCCUCUUUGUGAACUGUCUGGUGGUGGCUGUCCUGUGGGAUUUUCUUGUGCAAUUAAUUAACAUUGUGAUUUUUGUCUGCUUCUAUUAAUGUGUUUAUGUGUAACUUCCUGAGGACAAUAAAAGAGGUUUGUCGUUU